AUGAUGAAGAAGUUCUUUCUUAUGGGAGCUGUUGUCGUUGAGGAAGAAGAACAAGAGAAAUGUUCAACUUCAGUUCAAUACAAACGACGUAUCGUGCUCCAUCGAAACCGACUGGAAGGCCACAAUCGGUUAUUCCAAGAUUAUUUUGCUGACGCACCAACCUAUCCUCUUUAUUAUUUUCGUCAAAGGUUCAGAAUGAGGCGUUCGUUAUUCCUUCGAAUCCACGACGCAGUCGUCGAACAUGACAAGUACUUCGUCCAAAAGAGGAAUGGUGCUGGACAGUUAGGACUAUCUAGUCUUCAAAAGAUUACUGCAGCUAUGCGGAUGCUCGCAUAUGGAGCAUCCACUGACUCCGUUGACGACUACGUUCGGAUCGGUAAAAGUACGUCGCUUGAGAGCGUGAAGAGGUUCGUUCGAUCGAUUAUCAACAUCUUUGAAGAGGAAUACCUUCGUGCACCGACUAAUGAAGACGUUGCACGCCUGCUCGAGGAAGGCUCACAAUGA